UUGCGGUCGCCCAAGAGGUUCCUCCGGGAGGUACUACUUGUGGACGACUUUAGUGAUAAGGAACCACUCAAAGGACAACUCGACGACUAUAUUAUGGAUCACUUCGGGGCGUUCGACCAGAACUGGUCCGCAAAUAAGAUAAACGCCGCAGACUUGAGCGGUGAGACACUGAGUGAUAGGUCCGGGAAAGUGAGACUCAUUCGCAACAGCGAGAGGUCGGGACUAAUUCGGAGUCGUGCCAAAGGCACUGAGGAGGCGCUGGAGAAGUGAUUGUCUUUCUGGGCGCCCACUGCGAGGUUAACACCAAUUGGUUGGUCCCACUGUUGGCGCCCAUCGCUCACGACAGCAAAACGAUGACCUGUCCUAUCAUUGAUGGCAUCGACUCCAACCACUUCCAGUACAGACCCGUGUAUAGGCGAAACGAUCAACACUUCCGCGGCAUUUGGGAGUGGGGAAUGCUAUACAAAGAGAUUGAAUUAGAUAUGAAAAACCACACGAAAACCCACAGAGUGUCGGAGCCGUACGACUCGCCCACACACGCGGGCGGACUGUUUGCCAUUAGCAGCAAGUUUUUCCUGGAGUUAGGCGGCUAUGACUCUGUGGCAAUGCGGGGGUCGCCUACAAUGGGUGCCCUGUUCUCGCGUGGGACACAUAUACCGCCCUACACGUCCGGCUCAAUGGCUAACCAGCGAAAGGGGCCGUUAGUUCUCACUAACUAUAAGCGAGUCAUCGAAGUCUGGUUCGACGACCCCUACAAACAGUAUUUCUACGCCCGACAGCCUAUGGCCCAGUACUACGACGCCGGGGAUAUAUCCAAACAAAUGGAGCUUAAAGAACGCCUACAAUGCAAAUCUUUCGAUUGGUUUGUCAAAAACCACGCAAUGGAUGUGUUUCGACACUUCCCGCGACUCCCGGAUAACGUGGUUUGGGGUGAAGUACGUCUGGAGCGGACGCACACAUGUCUGGACUACGGGGGCUCUCGUCCGCCGUCCACUGUGUCGUUGUCUCGCUGUCACGGACGCGGAGGCAACCAAUUGUUGCGUUUGAACCAAAGGGGUCAACUGGAAGUCGGGGAACGGUGUGUCGACGCCAAUAGGGAUAAAAUGACACUUAUUUACUGCAAAUUGGGAAAAGUAGACGGCUCCUGGAGUUACGAUAAGCACACCAAACAAAUGAAGUAUAAGCGUAAACGUAAGAGUCUGUGCCUGGCCUGGGAGGGCGACCAAGGGAAGGUGCACCUGACUGAGUGCCGCACCGGCGACCGGUCGCAGCGCUGGAUUUGGAAGCGACUAAAGCCCCGGCUCUGAGCCCUCAGUCAUUACAAUAGCUCUUAAAUUAAUGCCUUUUUUACUAUCAAUUCUCACAUCAUAUCGUCUCUUAUGUCAUAACAAACAAAAGAUCGG